CUCUCUUUCUCUCCGUCCAAUGUAUCCGUCUUCUCGCUCGUCUGUUUCCUUGCCUCACGAGCAAAUCUUUAUUUAUUUUUUAAACCUUCCAGAACGACAGGGCAGCUUAUUCCAAUCACUGGAGCUUGGUUUCACGCUGUUCCAGGCAAUCUUCCACGGGUGGUGAAAGAAGGAUUCCUGCUACGUUGCAAAACAGGCAAAAAAAGAAGUGCCCUCUGCCACCCAAGCUAACUGCAUAAAGAUUUGUAGACCCACUCUCGCACCCUUAACUUAAUUCCUCUUCACCAACCAUGGAGACCGUCGCUUCAACGGAAGCUGGAACGUUGAAAAAGAAACGAAACCGUUCGCACAAAAAACCGAAGCCGGAAGCAGCCACCGUUAACUGCGAGUCGGCCAAUAUCGCCCAACAGCAAACUAAACUCGAAAAGGAAAAUAAUCCACCAGCACGUGCUGCUACUGGAGCAACGAAUCAACGUCCGGCACCACCCGAAGCACCGGAUGCACCGGAGCUUACCCGCAAACCAAGCCGACGUCGUAAGCGAAAGCCAAAAAGCGACAAAAAGGAAGAGCAAAUCGAAUCGUUGGAAGCAAUAACGGUGGAGGAAUUGUUUCCACCGGGGAAGAUCUUCUCCGCAGCGACGUCUCAGCGACUUCCAGCGAAGCUUGUAGCAGUGGUGGAAACUGUUGCAACCGCUAAUAAGCCUUCAAUCGAAGGUACGAAGUACGCCGGUGUAAUCGAUAUUGAUCCGCACGAACUAUUUCCGUCGGAGAAAGAAUUGCCUGCAGCGAUUCAAAACAUUACGGCGCAAGACAUUUUCCCUGGACCGGAAUUGUUUCAAUUCAAUUUGGGCGGUAUUCCGGGCAAGCUAAGUUUCGGUAAAUCGGAAACUCCGGUAUCAACUACCCCUAAGGGUCCUCUUCCCAGGAAAACUACCGCAACCGACCUGCAAGGUUUGCAUGAUAUUUCUUCUUUCGAGAUUUUUCCCAACUGUAUGACGGUUGGGUUAAAGGUAGUGUCGGAGAAGGCGAGCAAAACUACUCACCACAGCCAAGAGCAAUCAUCACCUGCGACCACCAGCAUCAUGAGUGCACCGGCAGCAUCGGGCGCGAAAACGGACAAAACGCGCGAAGAGAUCCUUGCCGAGCGUGAGGCAAAAAAGGCAGCCAAACUGGCGGCCAAGACGAAAAGCAAGGAUAAGGAAGCGCCGCCACCAGCGAAGCAGCAGCAACAAAAUGCGCAAUCCGCUGGGAAAGCGAAGGAACAACGACCGGCCGGCACGAAGGUCGAACCGGCAAAAGCACCGCCAACUGAGUUGAAAAAGUCCAGCACUGAUGCGAGCAUUUGUGAGAAGAUGAAAGAGCUACAUAUCAGUGAUGGUCCGGCCGGUACAGCUGGAACGGUUGCUGAAAAAUCGGAAACAAAAGAACUCUCGAAAGCGGAACGAAAGGCACUGUUCGAGGCGAAGAAUCCGGCCCUCGCUGGUAAUGCGCCUGAGGGAGCGACGAAACCCGCCAAACCGGCCCUAUCGAAGGCGGAACGGCGAGCCAUACAGGAGGCGCAGCGGGCGGCCAAGGCGGAGGCACAGCAGACAAAGAAGCGCGACACACCAGCCGCCAAGCCAGACGCGAAGAAGCCGGGCCCAAAGGCUGACACGGAACCGGUGAAAACGAAACCGCUGGCAAAGAAAGCGGCUACACCGACCGGAGCAGUUGGAGGGACCGGAGCGCCACGUAAGCACAUUGUUAACCUGUUCAAUCACUUGCAUCAGCCGAAAUUUGCCGCCACCGACAUUGUCAACUCGCCCACGCUGCAUCCGGCCGUUACGAAGCUGGGCAUCCAGUACGCCAAGGGUGCGGUCGUCGGAUCGAAGGCACGCUGUUUGGCACUGCUGAAGGUGCUGAACCAACUGAUACACGAUUACGAAACGCCACCGGAGAAGGAGUUUGGGCGUAGCUUCGAGGAGAUGCUGAACGUAUCCGCCAACCAUCUGCAGCGCUGCCGGCCCUUCUCCGUCUCGAUGACGAACGCGCUGCGCCACGUGAAGAUGUACACGCGCCAGCUGGACGGGAAGGUGUCCGUGUCCGAGCAGAAGGAGUGUUUGCUCGAGUCGAUCGAAUCGUACAUGCGGGACCAGAUCGAGAAGGCGGAAGAGGCGAUCUGCUGCUCGGUGCAGGAUAAAAUUUGCGACGGCGAUGUUAUCUUAACCUACGGAUGCUCCUCAUUGAUAAAGCACAUCCUGGAGGAAGCGAUCCGUCGGAAGAAAACGUUCCGCGUGAUUAUCGUGAACGCACGGCCCCGGCAGGAAGAGAAUGCGAUGCUGGAAGAGCUCGUCCAGCUGGGCGUUAAGUGUAUGUGCGUGCUGAUCAAUGCGGUCGCCUACGUGAUGCCCGAGGUCACGAAGGUGCUGCUCGGGGCGCACGCACUCCUGGCGAAUGGAUCCGUCAUGAGCCGGGUCGGCACGGCGCAGAUUGCACUGGUGGCCAAAUCGUACAACGUGCCCGUGCUGGUUUGCUGCGAAACGCACAAGUUUACCGAGCGCGUACAGACGGAUGCGUUCGUAUACAACGAGAUCGGAAACCCGAACGAACUAGUGGUUGCGCCACGUACACGCGACAAUGCGGAAGCAAAACCGAUGCUGGCCGACUGGGAAACGAUUACUUCGCUAACGAUCCUGAACCUACACUACGACGUGACGCCACCGGAGCUGGUGACGGCUGUCGUAACGGAGGUAGCAAUAUUGCCCUGCACCAGCGUGCCCGUAAUUCUGCGCAUCAAACCAUCGGACGUAGCGUACUGAGCGCUUCUGAGGGCUAGGGAAGAUGCGCAAAGAAGAUGGAUUCGAACACGCGCAAGAAGAGUAUGACGAUAAAUCAUGUUAAGUCACUGCUAACUGCUAA